UCAGAAGGUCAGCACCAGAGAUGGACUUUUAACGGUGGAGAGAGGAAAUUGAGUCCAGCAGGGAAUUCUGCACCUGUAGUGGGAGGAUACCAGUACUUAAAGGCUUCUAGUUUACAGAUGGGGACACUGAGGCCCGACUGGUGAAGUCACUUGCCAAGGUCACACAGCUAGCUCCAGGGAGCAGCGUGAAGGCCAGGGAGACAAUGGUCUCAGUGACGAUGGCCACUUCCGAGUGGAUCCAGUUCUUUAAGGAAGCCGGCAUUCCUCCGGGACCUGCUGUCAAUUAUGCCGUGAUGUUUGUGGAUAAUAGGAUCCAGAAGAGCAUGUUGCUGGAUCUCAACAAGGAAAUCAUGAAUGAGCUGGGCGUGACUGUGGUGGGCGACAUCAUUGCCAUCCUCAAGCAUGCCAAGGUUGUGCAUCGCCAGGACAUGUGCAAAGCUGCCACUGAGUCGGUGCCCUGCAGCCCCAGCCCCCUCCCAAGUGAGAUUCGCCGAGGCGCCUCUAGCGCAGCCGCCUCCCGAAUGAUCACCAACAGCCUGAACCGAGACUCCCCACCCGGCACUCCCCCCAGGCGGCCGGACACCAGCACCUCCAAGAUCUCUGUCACCGUGUCCAACAAGAUGGCGGCAAAGAGUGCCAAGGCUGCCGCAGCCCUGGCCCGCCGGGAGGAGGAGAGCCUGACUGUUGCCACCAAGCGGCGCCGGGUCACUGCCGAGAUGGAGGGGAAGUACAUUAUCAACAUGCCCAAAGGCACCACCCCCCGGACCCGUAAGAUCCUGGAGCAGCAGCAGGCAGCGAAAGGUCUCCACAGGACAUCUGUGUUUGACCGCCUCGGCGCCGAGACCAAGGCAGACACAACGACGGGGAAUAAACCCACAGGAGUCUUCAGCCGCCUGGGGGCCACCCCAGAGACGGACGAGGAUCUGGCUUGGGACAGUGACAACGACAGCAGCAGCUCUGUCCUGCAGUAUGCCGGGGUCCUGAAGAAGCUAGGCCGGGCCCCCGCCAAAGCCAGUCCCCAGCCCGCACGGACUGUCAAAGCCAAGGCCACAAGCUCGGCGACAAUGGCCGCCGCCCCAACGCUGCGACGCCUGGCCCUUCCCUCACGACCUGGGCUCGAGAGGAAGCCGGAGUCCCUAUCCAAAGUCAGCAUCAUCCAGAGACUGGGCAAGGCUGCCCUUGUGCCCGAGGCCCAGGACAGCCAGGUCACGAGCACCAAGAGUAAGUCCUCGGCUGAGGUCAAGGUCACCAUUAAGAGGACUCUGGUGGGGCCCCGGGGGAGCAGCUCCAGUGAGGGCCUUGGUGCCCAGAUGGACCAUGCAGGCACUGUGAGCGUGUUCAAAAGACUGGGCCGCAGGACCUUCUAGCCCAAGGGCGGGGCGCAGGCCCCUCUCCAGACUCCUGGCUCCAUCAGAGUCUUCAGCGAAGGCGCGCGAACCCCGCCCUGCCGGCUUCUGGAUGACACUGCUUUUGUCUCCCUCAGGCAUUCUGCCAGCCUGAGCUUUCUGGGGAUUCACCCCGUUUUUCUGAGUCUGAGAUGGUCGUUGUGGCCCGGCCUUGCCGCUCUGGGACUUUCCCUCCUCUCCCGUCCUCUGUUCUCUCCUCGCUGACUGUGGCCUUGGCAGGACCCACCUUUCUACCUCUCCAAGGGCCAAGUGCCCUUUUCCUGUCUUACAUUCCCCUUCCUCCUCUGCAGCAUCUACUGCCUCAAACCCCAGAUCUUGGGCCUCCCUGUCCCCCAGAGUGGGUGUCACCUCUAGGGGCCCCCGUAUCCCCCACACCCCUGACCCCCCGGCUUCCCUUCCCUCCCUCCUCUGCCGCGCCCCCUCCCCCCCGCUGCUUUGACGUCUCUCUUUCUCUCUCUUCACUCUGUUCAUUUCUUUUCUGUUUUCUGUCCCUGCGGCAAGGCCCGACUGUCCGCUGCGUCCUGCCUGACCCUCCUGCACCUCCGGCCUGCCAGCGGCCCCCUCGUCGUCGGCGGUGGCGUAGAGACUGUUAGCUGCCCUCACUCCCAGGCUGGAGGGACCUCCCCAGACCCCAGGCUGCAUCUGGGGCAUCUGCCUGGGCAUCUGUUUCCCUGAAAGUCCGUGGUGGGUGGUGGGUAAGGGGCACUGAGAAGGGAAGCCAGCACUGAGAGGAAAAAAACGGCUAUUUUAAUAUAUUUUUGUGACUUUCA